CAACUACCAAGAUUACUUCGUACAAUUCUUUACUAUUCAUCGCCGACAGUAUUUGAUAGCACCUCUGAAAAUCGAAUUUCACAUUCCAGUGAUCAUGGCCACGCCAGGCCUUAACGGGGUCCCUCAGGAAUACGAAACCCACGAUCCAGAAAAACCCAGCAUUACCGAGUCUCUCGCUUCCAAAGAUGACACAACGACGGCGCCUAGCGAUGCCAACCCCGCCGUCCGCUUCGCUUCGACCGUCGAAGAGAUAUCUCCCGCGCCGGCCCCGAUAGCAGCAGAAACGAAUCCUCACUCCAACGACGAUACUGGAGAUGCCAUCGAUGAGGCAAUGCAAGAUCAGCUUAGAGAACUGUCCACGACCCUCCGUUCCUCCGAGCUCCAAGUUAGAAGACUUAGCAGGUUCGCUUUCGAGCCUUACUCCUUGCCCGCAACCAGAGUUCCAUCCCGUGAGGACGAAUCCACCUCGUCCAGUCGUAUGCCGACACCCAAUCGCGGAUCUCCUCAUCUCAGGCCAGCACAGCAGAUGCAGUCCCCGCCCCUGACCCCUUCCGCUGGGGAUUCCCAUGAGUCCGAACCCAAGGCGGUGGCACGCCACCAGAGUCCCGGGAAGGUCGCCGCAGCAGGUCUUGAGCCGCCCAUUAUCACCCCCCAGACAUCAACAUCCAACGACCCGUCUUCCCCGUCUGCAAACAGGGGUACUCCCCGCUCAGCCUCCAGCGAUCGGAUGCCCGCUGUGCCGAGGACGUCGGGAGAACGAGACCCGGAUCGUCGGCCGCAUCGGAGAGGGCUUUUCGACAUCGGACCUGGCUCUACCCCUGUAUCUCGAGAAUCUAGUCCAUCCCGUGCCGCUCAUUUCUACUCGAAACCUAUCACCCCCCAGGGAGAUGCCAACGAUCCAUACGCUGCCAACAAGCGUGAACCUCGGCGGGCCUAUGUAGACCGCCGGUCCAUCGAGCCUCGGUUUCAGUUCAAUCUGAACAAGAGGCCGCUCAGUCAGGGUUCUCCUUCCAGCUCAACUACGAACCUCUCGUUGAAAUCGGACAAGCGCCAUUCAGGUUUGUUCGGAUCUCGGCGCAAUCUCGGGGAUGAGGCUCAGGAUAAGGAAUCCUCAGGCGGCCACAGCAGGCAGAGCUCUUUUGCCGAUCUCAAAAGGUUCUUCAAGAGAAGCGGUCAGCCCAAGUCAAAGCACGAUAAACCCGAGGCGUCGCCUCAUCCCAGUCAUUCGAGCGGGGCUCUAAAGACGCCCCCAAAUCCCUUUGGAGACGAUCAUGGCUUGAGCGCAAGAUAUGGCAAGCUAGGGAAGGUCUUGGGCUCGGGGGCUGGAGGCAAGGUCACGCUGAUGAAACGCCACGAGGAUGGCGUGGUUUUCGCCGUGAAGGAAUUCAAUCAGAAAGGCCAAUACGAGUCCUCGAAACGAUACGUCAAACGGCUGACGGCCGAGUUCUGCGUCGGCUCAACGCUCCAUCAUGGCAACAUCAUUGAGACACUGGACAUCAUUCAGGAGAAGGACACCUGGUAUCAAGUGAUGGAGUAUGCGCCGUACGAUCUUUUCGCGAUUGUUAUGACGGGAAAGAUGUCCAGGGCUGAGAUUACUUGUUGCUUCCUGCAAAUUCUCAAUGGCGUGACGUACCUCCACAGCGUGGGCCUCGCGCAUCGGGACCUGAAGCUCGACAACAUUGUUGUGAGCGACAAGGGUAUCAUGAAGAUCAUCGACUUUGGUAGUGCCCACGUCUUCCGGUACCCAUUUGAGACCGGGCACAUACUUGCCACAGGCAUUGUCGGAUCCGACCCCUACUUAGCACCGGAGGUGCUGAGCGGAGAACCCUACGACGCCGAGGCGGUCGACAUAUGGUCAUUGGCCAUCAUAUUCUGUUGCCUGUCACUCCGCAGGUUUCCCUGGAAGGUGCCGAAAAUGACGGACAACUCAUUCAGGAUGUUUGCUGCGGAACCUACACCUGGCCACGAUCCCAAGAAGCUUACAAUUCCGUCCCACUCGACAAGUGAUGUAGCAAACGGAGUGACUAAAGACUCUGUUUCUGCCGGGGACGGGCAUGCUUCGAAGAGGCAGGGCGAAAAAUGGUCGGACGGUCGUCACUCCCGACAUGCAUCCCAGACAGGAGUUCCCGACAAGAACGCGAAUACCCCCGACGCCAAGACCGGGGCCCCUCCCCAGGAAGAUGGUAACGGUGUUACAGAGGAGAAGAAAAGAGAAAGCACAAGUUUGCCGAAAACAUCCGGGCCGGGCCAGGAAAGGAGGAGUGCGACUGCGCCGACGUCGUCAUCAAACACGCCAGGGCCGGACAAGAAGGAAGUCAUCAGGGGGCCUUGGAGAGUCUUGCGACUGCUGCCGAGGGAGAGCCGCUACAUCAUCGGACGCAUGCUCGCGAUCAAUCCCAAGGACCGAGCCAAGAUGCAGGAGAUCGUACAGGACGCUUGGGUUGCUAACAGCGAGAUUUGUCAACAGUUCGGACCAGGAGGGGAGGUGAAGUUAGCAGAAGGACACACGCAUAUCCUCGAAUCCCCAGCACUGGCUGACAAACAGCCCAAGAAGUGAUUUUUUGAUUUUUUUUUACGGAAAGAAAUAAUCUUUGGUUAAUAUAGAGGGCUGGCGUUUGUUGGUUAUUUUUGUUGAUUCCAGACGAGGUUCGGGUCAGGUCGGGGGUAUGGGGGCAUUGGUGUUACUUGGUUCUAUGUAGAAAUGGGCGGACGGCUUAAGCCUUGCGGCAAAAACCCCCCGAGACUUUGACCUUACCUACCUACCCGGGUUUGGGGGGGUUUAGGACAGAGCCCGAUAACUGGUCAAUCUGUUAACAGUCUUAGAACAUCAUGUCGACAGAAAUUUCUCUGUCCUGGCUCUGGUCAGAGCAAAAGUCUCUGUCCAAGCUCUGACCUAGAAACCACCCCUCCCGGGUAGGUAGACAGAGCGUUUGUCUUUUGUUAUUUCUUGUCACAGCGUAACUUUAGACUAAAAUUUACCUAUUUUGAAUUGUCCA